AUGGAUGAAGACGAAAUUCCUAUAACCAAAAUAAGUCCGGACUCUGAAACAUCGAUUGAAUACAAGGGUCCACAGGAAUUGGGUCUACAAACAUUGUCCACAGAAGAAAAUGCACAUUCUAAAGCCUCCACCAUUGAGGCGUUGCCAGAAAGCAGAGCACUCAAGGAUAUUAAUGAAGAGCAAACUCCUCAGAAGGGUUCCCUGGAAAAACCCGACCAAGUGGAAGAAGAACAGCCGAAGAACACCGAAAAGGGCUACGCUGACGACACAUUAUCUAAUGAGACCGAAUUUGCCGAGGAAUCAAUCGAUCACUCUGAAAAUUCAGAAAUACGUAUCGAAAAGGAAGCUACGCAAGACCAAGGAUUAAAUCAGGAAGCUGAUUUCAACGCGGAUCUUUCACAGGUUAAAUCUCAAGCCCAUAUCCCCGAAGAUCACGAGCCAGAAGAUACGAAUGAAGCAAUAGAACCGCAAGUAGAAGAUAUUUCGAGUCUAGGAAACUCAAGAAAUGAAAUCAAUUCCGGGAAUCGUGAAGCUCUAACAGAGCUGAAUGAAGAUGAUGUGACUGGCAUAUCUGAAAGCAUAUCCAAUGAAAACAAAGAGGUUACCAGUGCGGCUGCAGAUCCAAUUGAAUCAGUUACUGAUGAGAUAGACUCUCUCUUGAAUGAAUUGAAAUCAGAAUUAGAAGAAUCCAAUGUCGGAGCUCAGAUAGAAGAACUCGUUAAAGAAGAGCCGGUUUUUAUUUUUACAUCCUUAGCUGGUGGAGGUAUCCAUAUGCCUAGAAGAACAAACAGAUUGGCUACAAUUUUAACCGCCAAUGAAAUUGAAUUUACAUACAGGGAUUGUGGUACUGAUUCAGAGGCUAGAUCAAUAUGGAAAACAUACAGUGCAGGUAGAUUAUUACCUGGGGUUGUAAGAGGAACAUCAUUGAUUGGUAACUGGAAAGAAAUUGAUGAUGCAAAUGAAGAAUAUCGACUGUACGAAAUGAUUUAUAAUACGCUCUGA